ACAAAAAAAAAAGAAGGAAAAAAGACAACAAAGAAAAGCCUCAAUUCUUGUUCUAUCUUUAAAAAAUAUGGGAGUAGCUGAAAAGGAUCCACUUUCAGAGCUUAGUCUGCCGCCGGGAUUCCGAUUUUACCCAACUGACGAAGAGCUUUUAGUUCAAUAUCUCUGCCGGAAAGUUGCCGGCCACAAUUUCUCCCUUCAAAUCAUCGGCGACAUCGACCUCUAUAAAUUCGACCCUUGGGUUCUCCCUAGUACGUAUUCAGAAAAAUAUUAUAUCAUUGCCAUUUUAUUUUUUGUAAAUUUAAAAUUUGUUAAUUACUUAAUAUUUUUUUAUUUAUUUGGUUUUGCAGGUAAGGCUAUGUUUGGAGAAAAAGAAUGGUAUUUUUUCAGUCCAAGAGACCGAAAAUAUCCAAACGGGUCAAGACCUAACCGGGUCGCUGGAUCGGGAUAUUGGAAGGCUACCGGAACCGAUAAGAUUAUUAGUACUCAAGGAAAAAAAGUUGGCAUUAAAAAGGCUCUUGUUUUCUAUGUUGGGAAAGCUCCUAAAGGAACUAAAACCAAUUGGAUCAUGCAUGAAUAUCGCCUCAUUGAUACUUCCCGCAAGACCGGUAGUACCAAGUUGGAUGAUUGGGUUUUAUGCCGAAUAUACAAGAAGAAUUCAAGUGCGCAAAAGCUGCCACGAAUGACGAGUAGCAUUUCGAGUAUGGAAUGCAGCAAUGGGGGGUCAUCGUCCACGUGUUCUUCGUCGCACCUCGACGACGUUCUCGAGUCAUUGCCCGAGAUUAAAGACGGGUUCUUCAGGUUGCCUAGAGUUAAUUCCCUUCUAACUUUACAGCAAGAUCAUGAGAAUCUCAAGUUUCAGAAUCAUCUUAUGGGGUCCACUAAUUUCGAGUGGGCUUCCACCGCCGCUGCAACCUCCUUUGAAGGCUACAACUCGGUGGCCGAACUCGCUCCUCUUGCUCAGUCUCAGGCUCCGUCGGGGCUUAUUAGUUCCGACAUGUAUAUUCCGGCCGGCCAACCUCCGAGGAGCACGGUGGAGCAGGAAGUACAGAGUGGAUUUCAACGGUUUCAUAACUUUGGUUGGUUGCAGCAGAAUUUGUCCAACUCGGGCGACGGUUUUGGGUUUUGAAAAAUGUCUGGUGAGCAGUUUGGCGAGAGUGGGUGGGGUUUUAGGGGAGCGUGUUGGAAGAAUCUUUGUGUAGAUAAUUCUUUGGGCUAACAUUUGGGAUUUCAAAAAAACGACAAAAAAAAUUAGGUCCAAAAUUUGAGGCAAUUUUUACUCUAAUACUUACAUCAAAUAUAUUUGCACUUUUGAUUUAAUGUCCUAAUAAAUGUUGUAGUUUUUUACCCUAUGGUAAAUUUUUGUUUCAACAUUUUAUUAAAAAGGUAUUCUCA